GAUUCUUCUUUUCCUUUUAGUUUUUGGACAGUGAAGAGGAAGUGGAUGUUUACAUAGAUACAGAUGAAGAGUUUUGUAACGGACGUGUCACUAUCUUCAAUGGCUCGGGACCACCCUAUUUUCACAGCUAUCUCUACAUGAAGGGAGGUCUCAUGAACCCAUGGAGACGGCGCUGGUGCGUUCUGAAGAAUGAGGCCUUCAUGUGGUUCCGCACCAAGCAGGAGGCACUGAAGUCAGGCUGGCUCUAUAAAAAAGGGGGAGGCAUGUCAACACUUUCACGACGCAACUGGAAACGUCGCUGGUUUGUGCUUCGGGAAUCCAAGCUGAUGUACUUUGAAAACGACAGCGAGGAAAAGCUGAAGGGGACAAUUGAUAUUAGAAGGGCAAAGGAGAUUGUGGACAUUCAUGAAAAAGAGAAUGCUUUGGAUAUUGUGACAGAAGACAGGGUUUAUCACAUCGUGGCAGAGUCACCUGAGGAUGCCAGCGGUUGGUUUAAUGUCCUGAGCCGAGUACACAGUGCUACGGCGCAGCAGCUGAGGGAAAUGCAAGAUGAACAGGCCAACCCAAAGAAUGCUGUGGGAACACUGGAUGUUGGGCUUAUUGACUCCGUCUGUGCCUCAGACAACCCUGACAGACCAAACUCUUUUGUGAUCAUCACAGCAAAUCGAGUGAUUCAUUGCAACAGUGAUACCCCUGAAGAGAUGCAUCACUGGAUCUCCCUGCUGCAGAAACCGAAAGGCGAAUCUAAGGUCGAUGGCCAAGAAUUUCUUGUGAGAGGCUGGCUUCAUAAAGAGGUUCAGAGCAGCAACAAAGUGUCCUCUCUGAAGAUGAAGAAACGCUGGUUUGUGCUGACAAAUACUGCCCUUGAUUACUACAAGUCGUCUGAGCGCACAGCUGCCAAGCUUGGCACGCUUGUGCUCAAUAGCCUCUGCUCUGUAGUGCAGCCCGACGAGAGGGUCUUUAAAGACACAGGCUAUUGGAACAUCAUUGUUCAUGGGCGAAAGCACUCCUACAGACUGUACACAAAGCUGCUGAAUGAAGCUAUGCGCUGGGCCUCUGCCAUUCAAGGUGUCAUUGACAGCAAAGUUCCCAUCGAAACACCUACACAGCAACUCAUUCGUGACAUCAGGGUAGGUAGCAUCAUGCUGAUUCCUGCAUGGCUGAGAAUGGGAUUGCAGUCUUAGGAUAACAAAACAUAAAAGAAAACAAAAUUACUG